GUACCGCUCUUCCGAUCCAUUAACAGGGCAGGGGUUUUCUCGAACAGACAUUUUCACAAACACCUGGAGUGCAACCUAAAAACCUCAACAAUCAUCGUCUUCAUCGCAUCAAUUCGCAGAUUCAAUGUCGUCAAUCUACGUAUCGGAGCCUCCCACAAAGGGCAAGGUUAUCCUGCACACGAAUUACGGGCCGCUUGACAUCGAGUUAUGGCCAAAAGAGGCGCCCAAAGCCGUCAGAAACUUCGUUCAGUUGUGCGUUGAUGGGUACUAUGAUGGCACUAUUUUUCAUCGGAUUAUUAAGUCGUUCAUGGUUCAAGGUGGUGAUCCUACCGGUACUGGCACAGGUGGUGAAAGUAUAUAUGGCGGGACAUUCGCUGACGAGUUCCAUACCCGUCUACGAUUCAAUCACAGGGGAUUAGUCGCAUGUGCAAAUUCCAACGCACCAAACACAAACGGAAGUCAAUUCUUUAUGACCCUCGAUCGUUGUGAUUGGCUCGACAGAAAGCAUACCAUAUUUGGCAAGGUCACCGGAGACUCAUUAUAUAACCUGUUAAAUAUGGGUGAUAUUGAAACUGAUAAAGAUGACCGUCCCGUUGAUUCUCCUCCAAAAAUCCUUUCUAUCGAGAUGUUGUGGAACCCAUUUGACGAUGUUUUUCCAAGAGCAGCACCUGCUAAAUCUUUACCAUCAUCUACAAUGGAAACCGACAACAAAGAUACAAAAAAGAAGGCUACAAAAAAGUUGAAUUUGUUGUCGUUUGGAGAAGAAGCAGAAGAAGAGGAGAAAGAACUGGCAGCGGUGAAUAUCAAGAUAAAAAGUAGCCAUGAUGUAUUGAAUGAUCCUCGUCUUUUGAAAGAAGAAAAUGCAAGAGAUAAUUCAAAUCCAGAAGAAGAUAAAGCAAGAAGAGAUUUACAAAUGAGCGUUAGAGAAGCUUUAAGCUCUAAGAAGGAAGAUCAACCAAAGGAAAUAGAUGCUGACUCAGCAGACGAAAACGAUGAUGACGAGGCAAGCUUUGAUGUACGCAUGCGUCAACAGAUACUUAAAAAGAAAAUGGAGCUUGGGGACAUGCCAACUAAGAAAAAAGAGCACAAAGAGAGUUCAAAGCCUAGGAGCCGUGAAAAGUCUCCACCAAGAUCAAGAGCCGAAAGCCCUGAUGAUGGGCCCAAAGUGAAUAAGUUGUCCAUAAAGAAAAAAGGAAUUGGAUCCGAAGUGAGAGCCGAACGUAUGGCCAAUGCUGAUGCAGACUUGCAGCUUUUGAAUCCACAUGAAAGAGAAAGACAACUAAUGAAGCAGAAGAAACGCAGACGUCAAGGACAUGAAGAAGAUAUGCUAGCCAAACUAGAAAAGAUCAAAAACUUGUUUACUCGACCUUCAUCGGCUAAUGAUGACUCCGAGGGUAAAAAUGAAGAUGACUCGGAGGACUGGACUAAAAGCAAGCUGAAGUUUGCACCUGAUAAGGAUAACAUGUCACGUAGGAAUGAUCCAAAUGACUAUGUGGUGGUUGACCCUCUUUUGGAGAAAGGAAAAGAAAAAUUCAACAAGAUGCAAGCAAAGCUAAAGAAAAGAGAACGGGAAUGGGCCGGCAAAUCUCUUACAUGAUCACAUCUUAUUUUCGACCCAUGUCCGGACGGUUCAAAUGGCCCACAGUUGUGUCGAGUCAUGGGCGGCCCGUUAAAACGUCUUGUAAUUGCUAACGUCUAAUGUAUUUUCUUACACGUUGAUACAUAAGCCUUUUCUUUAAGAGAUGUCCCGUUUUAGGCUUUGGAGUGGAUUGAUAAUUUUUUUUUACCAAUGUCACUCGUGGAAAAUGUUUGUUAAA